GGCAGGCGGCGCCGCGGACACCCCCAUUGACAGGACCCCGGUCGCCAUGGUGCGCAAGCUUAAGUUCCACGAGCAGAAGCUGCUGAAGAAAGUCGACUUCAUCUCGUGGGAGGUGGACAACAACCUCAAGGAGGUCAAAGUGCUGCGCAGGUUCCGCAUCCAGAAGCGGGAGGAUUACACCAAAUACAAUAAGCUAAGCAGAGAAGUUCGAGAAUUGGCAUGCAAAAUCCGAGACCUCAAUGAGAAAGAUGCCUUCCGGGCUCAGUGCACUAGUCGGCUGCUGGAGAAGCUGUACUCGACAGGCCUCAUUCCCACAAAACAGGGCCUUCACCUUUGUGAGUACGUGUCUGCAUCGGCUUUCUGCAGGAGACGUCUGCCCACCAUUCUGGUGAAGCUGAGGAUGGCUCAGAACCUGAAAAUGGCUAUAACCUUCAUUGAACAAGGACAUAUCCGGAUUGGACCAGACGUCGUGAUGGAUCCAGCUUUCCUCGUAACAAGGAAUAUGGAGGACUUUGUUACCUGGGUUGACUCCUCAAAGAUUAAGAAACACAUAAUGGAGUACAAUGAAGAGAGAGAUGACUUUGACCUGGUUGUAUAGUUUCAACUCUUCACAGCAACUGCCACCUGCAUUGACUUUCUUAAAUUGUCAGUUUCCUUAUUGAUGCCCAACACUGAAAGCAACCUGUUGAAUUACCUUGAGAAUAUAUUGAGGCAAUAUGUUGCCAGCGUCUACAAGGAACUCAUUGGAUUUAAGUUUCUCAUAACUUGCUCAGUCUAUUACAGUUCAGAUCUAAUAUUUAAGUGGGGUGUCAUCUCCGUUAUAUAAAAUGUUCUCUCAGCACAAAUUAGUUGAUAAGGUUCCAGUGGUGGUGAUUUACCCGUUUCAUGUGAAAUGCCUUGUCAAUGCAAACUUCAGACAGUUGAACGGAUUCGUGGCAACCGGAUCCCAUGAUUUGUGAUUCAAAUUGAUCUGCAUUCACAUCACUUUUGCUCCUCUUUCCCCCUCUUCUCGCAUCCCACUAUUGCACCAAACAAGAAGAGAGGAAAUCAGUUUAAUUUGUUGCACACAGAUGCAGGCAGUUCUGUUAUCUGAAUGAAUCUGGCAGACAAAUAGUUGCUCUUUAACAGAGAGCACAUGUGCUAUAUUGGUGCAGUCCUUCCAUUAUUUGUACCUAAAUCUGGCAUUGAAACAUUUACUGCUUCACUAAAGGCAUGUGUAGUGUACUAAUUCAACCAUGGCAUAAUUUAGGAUUGAAACAACCAUUGUUUCGCAAAAGGCAGAUAUAAUAUGGACAUGCCAUGAAAGGACAGGUUAACUAGGAAACAGUGGGGAAUGUGAUCUAGUGAGGUUUUAAUGUAGUUUAUAGAAGCACAUGAGCAAGAUCUAUUCUUUUCUCUCUCCUCCUCCAAUCCCCAGGUCAUCUAAAAUUGAGCCAGUAUCAGGAAGCCAGAUUUACAAGGCCAAAACCCCAUGGAGAACUGAGUAGGUCUUCCCUAGUCAUCAACCUGUGACUAUGGGUAGAAUGAUGAAAUUCAGCUUGUGUGCUUUGCCUUCUACAGUACCAUCAUGCAGAAGAGCAGGUUAGUUCACCAAUAGGUUAGUUUCACCAAUUCAGGAUCUCACAUUUGUGUGUACACUGUCUCUUGAGUUUUGAAGUUGGCUUUAGCAUUCAAAAUUAGGGUUUUAAAAUAACAUAACUUCAAGUGUGUUCUUUAUGAGGAGAGAAACGAUCAAUGAACACUGCCUCUUGGCAAUGUUAUUCCCAACAAAUUCUUUAAAUCGUGAAAGAUACUGGUUGAUUUUUGUAAAGGGAAAUGAUGAGAGCUCAUUCAUAAGAGAGGCCUGCAGUAUUGGAGCCUCCAAGCCCUAGUUCUCCACAACUUCCUAUUGUUGAUCUGAAAGGCAGUGUUUGUGUUUUUCAACUUUCUUUUCUAAAAAGCAAAUAAAAACAUUUCUCUGUGA